AUGUCGACUUCACAAUCGAAAUCACAGCUCGAAGCCCUCCCCACAGAACUCAAAGUACAAAUCCUUCAAUCUCUCCCAAGUAUUACCUCUCUUAAUGCCCUGGCCAACUCAUCACCACAAUUCUACAACAUUUAUCAUAGCGAGGAAUAUGCACGCAUUUUCCAAAAAGUACUAGAGAACGAAGUCGGAAGAGAAGUUCUAGAAGACGCGUGGUUCAUGAUUAGAGCUGCACGACACCUACAUCUGCGAGCUGGGAAUAUGCUUGAAGACCUGGAUGACGUAUCGCAAGAGCGAUUGUUAGAACUGUUAACAAGUGGAGGAAAUCUGGAUAACAGUGAGCAGGGUAUUACACUGGAUGAUAUGAUUUGGUUUUCAAAGAAGCUGCCCGCACUCCAAGAAGUGACGAUGGCAUUUUUUGAGAAUACGAUAGGACAUCAUCCAAUUACUGGGAAACCGAUCCCCUCGUCAGACCCCUCAGCAAAACCUCCUUCCAAGAGCGAACUGUGUCGCAUUCAACGCGCCAUCCUCCGAAUAGAGGCUUUUACCUAUAUGUUUUCACUUGAAGACUCCGAUUCUUGGGCACACACAUACGCUGAAGAUCCACGUGGUCCAUUCUCAGAGCAAGGAUUAAAUCGUAUCCACCGACACGACUGGAGACGACGCCGACGUCUGUGUGACCUAUCCGAGGAGCACCAAACCAUAUUCCUGAGUCGAUAUGAGGAAUGGGAAAUAGAAGAAAUGCUUUGUGUACGAGAUUGGUAUCGCAGGGAAUUUGGCGCUCUGUAUGAGGAAUGCGCGGAAGAGUGGGAAACUGUGUGGAUUUAUCAAGAAUGGCUAGAUGGAGACCCAAGUCGCACCCUCGAAGAAGCCGCAGAUAGUGAUUGGCUCAGGGAAGUUGAUUGGAAUGAUUGGGAAAAUGUGAGCGAAUUGUGUAUGAGCAAGGGAUUUGAGUUGUUGGCGGAAGUAAAACGCAAAGAAACUGGAAAGGAGAAAGUGAACUUGAUAUAUAGUGCCAUAGACAGUGAUGCGAUCCAUUUCAUCGACGUGGGCUGUUUCCUGUCCAUGACAUUGGAAGAAUGGCACUUCUCAAGGGCCGAGGAUGAAACGAGAGAAGACGUCUCCAUGCAAACUUUGCAGGAGUGUUUGAAAGGACAAUCUGCAUGGGAAGAGUCGGGAAGUAAUGCAGCAUGGUGCUGGGUGCGUAGACAAUGGGAAAGAGAAGUUGCGAAGUGGGACAAAACAGGAGAUUAUCUGAGAAGCUGGGGAUACGUAAUGUGGGAUGCUUGGAGGCUAGAUGCGCUGGGUAUUUUUGGACAGGACGUGGAUAAAAUUGGGAGGCAUGGACCAAAGGAAUUUGGUGGACGUCUAUUGUCGGAGCCUAGGGCUUCCCGUAGUGAACUGCGGUUGUCGGACAGCGAGACAGAUGAAGAUAAUGAGUAG